CGCAACGAUGGCUCUUCCAGCGGACGCUGCCAGCGAGUUGAGGUUCCUAGGGGUGUUGUGCUUGCUAGCCCUGAACGUAGAUCUUUGUAUCUUUUGCCAGUAGCCUGAUUCCGUGUUAUCCGGACCGCCAUAUUGGUUUUUUUCAUGGCCGUAACAUUUUAAAUAUCUUAAAAUGAUAAUAAAGUUAAAGAAGAGACUCUCUGAAUUCCGAUAAAAAUGAGCUGUAUAGUAAGUUAUGUAAUAAAAAUUAGCCCAAGCACUGGUUAUUAAAGUGGGACUUUUCCUGAUUCCUUGCUGAAUAACUUUCAGCAUUUGCAAGAAGUCAGAAUGUCUGCCAGUGUGAGGACACCAUUACAGACUGUGCACGAAUCUGUCACAACUGAACAAGUUAAGCAGGAUGACGAUCUUUCUGAAUCUGAUCAACGGCAGAAGGCAGUUGCUUCUUCUAAAACUGCUGGUGCAAAAAAAGAAAAAGAUCAAGGAGCCUCCGCUAAAUUUAAACAGCGUCCUGCAGAUGGAGAAAGGCAUCGGGGCUUUUCUUCCAAUUCCCGUGGUCGAGCAUCCAGCCACACACUGGAUGAGCCUCAUAUUGGGCGGUAUAGACUACUCAAAACAAUUGGUAAAGGAAAUUUUGCAAAGGUGAAGCUGGCAAAACAUCUACCUACUGGAAAAGAAGUGGCAAUUAAAAUAAUUGAUAAGACUCAAUUAAAUCCAUCCAGUUUGCAAAAACUUUUUCGUGAAGUAAGAAUAAUGAAAAUACUAGAUCAUCCAAAUAUUGUUAAGCUUUACCAAGUAAUUGAAACAGAGAAAACACUAUACCUUGUAAUGGAAUAUGCUAGUGGAGGUGAGGUAUUUGAUUACCUUGUAGCACAUGGUAGAAUGAAAGAAAAAGAAGCCAGAGCUAAAUUUAGACAGAUUGUUUCUGCUGUUCAGUAUUGUCAUCAAAAGAGAAUAAUCCAUAGAGAUUUAAAAGCUGAAAAUUUACUAUUGGAUGGUGAAAUGAAUAUAAAAAUAGCCGAUUUUGGAUUUAGUAAUGAAUUUGUUCCUGGUCAGAAAUUAGACACAUUUUGCGGAAGUCCUCCAUAUGCUGCUCCAGAAUUAUUUCAAGGUAAAAAAUAUGAUGGUCCAGAAGUUGAUGUUUGGAGCUUGGGUGUUAUUCUAUAUACACUUGUUAGUGGUUCUCUGCCGUUUGAUGGAGCAAACCUCAAGGAACUUCGUGAGCGUGUUUUACGUGGAAAAUACCGUAUUCCUUUCUAUAUGUCAACUGAUUGUGAGAAUCUCCUAAAAAAGUUUUUAGUUUUAAAUCCUGCAAAAAGAGCAUCAUUAGAGACAAUUAUGAAAGAUAAAUGGAUGAAUGUAGGUUAUGAAGAUGAUGAAUUGAAGCCUUAUGUAGAGCCUGAGCCCGAUUUUAGCGACACUAGAAGAAUGGGUAAGCAAGAAAUCCUACUGUCUAUGGGAUAUACCCAAGAUGAAAUAAACGAUUCUCUAAGGAGCAAGAAAUAUGACGAUAUAAUGGCAAAUUAUUUGCUUCUUGGGAAACGUAAUACAGAGAAUGACAGUUGUGAUUCCCAGUCUAGCUCUAGCUUAUCGCUACGCACAUUGAAAGCACCGACUGAAACUACUGGAAACAGUCAGUCUCCUCCGCACAUUAAAGUGCAGCGUAGUGUUUCAGCUAGUAGCAAACCCCGUCGCUUCAGUCAUACCAAUCAGACACCUGUUACAAAUGGUCCUCCUCCGUCCUUCAAGGCGCAAGAAUUGCAAAAUUUUCUCGAUUCGACUGCUUCGAAAGAAAAUCGUACCGUCUCUCUUGGAUCUCCCACUAUUUCCACUGGUCCAAGACCUGCAAAACCCAAUCAGUUAUCUCAAGAAAACUCUACUUCUGGUCCAUCUGGAGCUAGUAGUCCAUCUAAAGUAGUUUCGUCUACUGCACGCAAGACUCAUACGCCAUCAGCUAGUGCAAAAUCAAACUAUAGUGGUAUUCCAAGAAGAAAUACUUACAAUUAUAGUGAAAACAAGACACUGUCAUCUUCUGACAAAACUGGUAGUCAGGAAACUUCAAAUAGUAACAUCCCAUUGCUUGGCGAUAGAACUCCUGUUCCUAGACCUAAGGGACACACAAAAUCGGCCUCUGUAUCUUGUACUGGUCGGCCGGAGCUUUCAUCUUUCGAUUCAUCUGAUCCACUUAGACCAAGCACUGCGGCUAUUGCAAAACAGCCUGCAGCACUGUCUCCUUUGCCAGCUGUCAGCAGAGCGUUUCCACGAGGCACUGCUAACAGAAGCACGUUUCACAGUGGGCAGACGCGUGAGCGACGUCACGUUAACACCUGCAAUGGACCCCAGGGCAUGGUCCCUCUCAAUUCUCAAGAAAUGUCAAUGAAUCAUGCUGGGAGGCAGUCUUUUUUCAGCAAGCUUUCCUUCAAAUUUAGCAAAAGGACAAUGAAUGAAGAUCAAGUAAAGCCAAGAUCGUUAAGGUUCACUUGGAGCAUGAAAACGACGUCGUCGCGGGACCCAAAUGAAAUCAUGCAAGAAAUUCGCAAAGUAUUAGACAAAAACAACUGUGAUUAUGAACAGAGGGAGAAGUUUCUAUUGUUAUGUGUUCAUGGGGAUCCAAAUACAGACUCUUUAGUUCAGUGGGAAAUCGAGGUUUGCAAACUUCCUCGGUUGUCUCUUAAUGGUGUGCGCUUCAAGCGCAUAUCUGGUACUUCUAUAGGCUUCAAAAAUAUUGCAUCUAAAAUAGCUAAUGACCUCAAGCUGUAAGUACUACUGUAUAAAACAGGAGAUUUGGAAGAACUAUGGCUACUUUUAUUCAGAAGUAAAUGCUGGUGUGCUCCGGAACAACAGAUUGAGGUGACAAAACUCAUUGAUGGAAAGCUGUGCACUGUAAAUCUAGUGUUAAGAUCUUAUACUCUUAUUAUUUGUGCCACCUAUAUUCUGUAAUGGAAGUUUUAGGUGCCACUGUUUUAAAAAGAGGCUUAUUAGAGCAAAACAGACACACUCUAUCUUGUGCUCUUUGUUUUUUCGGGAAUAGUGUAUUUAUAAAGUAUGGUACCUUAUACUUAUGACUUCCAACUUCUGUACAGGUUCUCUGUUUAGUUUAUUACAAUUUAUCUUGGCACAUGAUAGGAGUUUGUGUCUCUAUGUUUCCUGGGCUUGGCAUCUUUGUAUGGAUGAUGACUGCCCAAUCACUGUAUAUAGACUAGCACUCGGUAUGUAGAGUUAUAUUUCAGAAUGCUGUCAUUUUUAUUUCAAAACCCAUUAUUUUGUAAUACCUCUGGAGAGUUGAGGUUGAAGAGUGUACUUGAUUGUAAAAAUUGUAAAUUCUAUGAAGAAAAAAAAAGCAUGGUAAUUUGGAAGUUUAUAUAAAUAUUAUAUAUAUAUAUAAUAGUUUAAUUGCAUCGUACACAUUUGACAAAACCAUGUAUCCAUUCUCUUGCGUACUUUGUUGUACAUUUUCCUCUAAUUUUAGAUUAAUAUAAGAUUUUAUCAACUUCACUCUUGAAAGAUUUUUUUUGUGGCUGUUUUAUUUAAUUGCUUUAUUGGUCAUUUCAUUCAGAUUUAAAACUUUUUAAAGAACUACAUAUCAUAUUUAAUUAAAACUGAAGCAGAAAUUAAGCCAAGAUACUCAUUGAGGGAGGGUAAUAAAAAAUUAUUUUACAAAUGAUUCCUAAAGAAUUAAGACAAUUGGAGCUUCUGCAUUAAAAAAUUUUAGUGUGUGUGGGUAGAAUUCUCGAAUCUCUUGACUUGCAACUUUAUUCGCUUCUCCAUUACUACUUGUAUUGCAAUUCUGUGAAUUAGUUAAUUUGUGGUUUUGCUUUUUAUUGUUUGGAUUCCUCUAUAUGUGUACUUGUAAAUCAUGUACUGAUUCCUGUGAAAGAAAACUCAUAGAGCACUUUCGGUAUUAAUUUGACUUGCUGAGUUUAAAUGUGUUGCAUAAUUUUUAAAGGAAAACCUGAUAUCAUCUCAUCUUUGUAAAUAUGAUAAGAAAUUCAUUGUAGCAUGGUGCUACUUUGUGUUAUAUAUUACGCAUCUUGUAUGAAAUUGCAAUCCUAGAAGUUUGAAAUAAGGGUAUGUUUGCACACAUAUGCUCUAAUAUGCAAGUUUAUUUCUUUUUUCCAACAAAGGUUUUUCUAAAUUUUGUUUGUAGUUCACAUGUAACAUUGGCAAUAAUCUUGACUUAAUAGGGUGACCUCGUACUUGUUGUUUUAAUAGUUAACUUUAGAUUUGUAACUUUUGGAAUUCAUUUUUUUCCUAUUUUUCUUGCAGCUGCAAAUUUUGUCUGUUCCUUAAUGUGAUAGUACUUGUAUGAUAUUAUUUAAAUAAACUAUAAAUGAAUGAUUUUUCUAAGUAAGUAUUAACUAUUCACUGAAUUCCCCGCCCCUCCCUUUAAUUCCUACAAUUUCAUUACAUAUAACCUAAUCAGAUGAAUGUUUUCUUUAAGAAAUUUACAGUUUUUAAAAAGGAGGAAGAAACCUAUUACUGAAUAUGCUCAAGAGUUAUGUAAUGGUUUAAAGUUUGAAAAUAAUGGUAUUUGAUUUUUGUAA